GGACGUGGUGGGGGAUUUUUGACAGCGGCAGCGCUGUGGGGAAACAAACAAGGACGUGCUUGGGGGUCGGGGACUAUUUUUUCCCUCCUCGCUCCUCUCUCAAUCUUGCACCGACCUUUUUCCAUACCGGCGAGAUUUUGGGCGAUAUGGUGGCUUCGGACUGGGCAGUCUAUUAUAAGGUUUGACCUUCAUCUGAGCCAGGUCUAGUCCCCUUUGAGUCUUCCUUAUGGUAAAGUCUCUCUGGGUUGAAUAGGAUUGGCACCCUCUAGCCAGAUUUACAUCUGAUGAUUGAGAGUGCUGACUGCCCGCUCUUCCACCACGAUGGUCGACAUGGAGAGCCACUACCACCCCCCUUCACCCCUGGAGGACUCUGUGCUGGGCAGCCCCCUGUGUGCCGAUGAUGACUUCAUUGGCAGCAUGGAGGAGCUGCAGGACAUCUCCGAGUCCAUGGGCAACAGCGCUCUCAGCUCCCUUGAUGUCCCAGAAUACCAGUACUCCAGCAAUGGUUCCGAAGGCUCCGCUGUCUUAGAUGCCCUAACCCCAGCAUCCAGCCCAUCUUCGGUUGUUUACGGGGUGGCAGCAUGCCAGGAGGACCUAACAUCUUCCACCUCAUCGCUAAAUCUGGAGUGUCGAGUGUGUGCUGACCGUGCCUCGGGCUACCACUAUGGAGUCCAUGCCUGCGAGGGCUGUAAGGGUUUUUUUCGGAGGACCAUACGCCUGAAGCUGGAGUAUGACAAGUGUGAGCGCCGCUGCAAGAUCCAAAAGAAGAACCGCAACAAGUGCCAAUAUUGCCGCUUCCAGAAGUGCCUGUCAGUGGGCAUGUCCCACAACGCCAUCCGUUUUGGUCGGAUGCCCCAGUCAGAGAAGCUGAAGCUGAAGGCGGAGAUGGUGACGGGGGACAGGGAGGUGGAAGACCCCCAGGUAGCUGACCAGAAGACGCUGGCCAGGCAGAUUUAUGAGGCCUAUCUCAAGAACUUCAACAUGAACAAGGCAAAAGCUCGAACCAUUCUUACCGGGAAGACCAGCAAUCCUCCUUUCGUCAUCCAUGACAUGGACACUCUCCAGCUGGCAGAGCAGACACUGGUGGCAAAGAUGGUCGGCUCGGCGGGAAUGCUAAAGGACAGGGAGGCAGAAGUUCGAAUUUUCCACUGCUGCCAAUGCACCUCGGUGGAAACGGUCACCGAGCUCACAGAAUUUGCAAAGUCCGUCCCCGGGUUCUCAAGCCUGGACCUCAAUGAUCAGGUGACUCUUUUGAAAUAUGGCGUGUAUGAGGCCCUCUUUGCCCUACUGGCCUCCUGUAUGAACAAGGAUGGGCUUCUUGUAGCGUAUGGCUCAGGGUUCAUCACCCGGGAGUUUCUCAAGAGCCUACGGCGGCCUUUCAGCGACAUGAUGGAGCCAAAGUUCCAGUUUGCCAUGAAGUUUAAUGCACUGGAGCUGGAUGACAGUGACCUGGCUCUGUUUGUGGCUGCUAUCAUCUGCUGUGGAGACCGACCAGGCCUGGUGAACGUGGGGCACAUUGAACGAAUGCAAGAAAGCAUUGUGCAGGUGCUACAGCUCCAUCUUCUGGCCAAUCAUCCCGACGACACUUUCCUCUUCCCCAAGCUGCUGCAGAAACUGGCUGACCUCCGGCAGUUAGUCACCGAGCACGCGCAGCUGGUGCAAGAGAUCAAAAAGACAGAAGACACCUCACUGCACCCACUCCUGCAGGAGAUUUACAGAGACAUGUACUGAGAAUUGUGGAGGAGUAACCAGGAGAGGCACUCUACGGACCAUCUCCUUUUUCAGGGACAGGAGAAGAAGAAGAGUCCUCCAUAAGCUAGGGUUGAACCACUUCACCCCACCCCCUUCCCCUCGCCCCCCUCCCCCAAUGCAGCAAGAGUUAGCUUUGGCUUCUGUCGGUACAAGAAGCCCUAUUUAAGCCCAGGCAAGAGGCUGGUGGCUCUCCUAGUUUGAUGCAGUGAUCUCCACUCCAUUGUGUGGACCUUGAAAUGUGAUAUACAGCUGAUUGAGCCUCCAUCUAGACACCCGUGUAUGUAACCUCUGGCCAAACUCUUGGAUAAAAAAUACUAAAUGCAACUUUGAAGUCUUUAGGUGACCUCUGUGGUUAUUCCUAAACCGACCUGAAAAAAGCCCUAAAAUGAGACAGUGAACUUGAUAGUCACCACUCCAGCAGUAUGUUUGAAAGUACAUUUUUAUACCGAUGUCAAAGAGCAAAGAGCCAUAUUCCCUCACAGUUCUCAACACCCAAGUGACUUCAGUGGCAGCAGCAACAUUAAGACAGUAAUGAUAGCGGGAAGGCAGCUUCUGUCAAAUUGGCUAUCAAUAAAUGUUGGUUGGUGGUUAUGGUUAUCUAUGCACCAGCCCUCCAGCAUGUUUCUUUACCUUUCUAUACCAAGCGACACAACUGUGGUGUCCCAAGGCUCUUGAACAUAAUCCUUUUUUUUGUACUGUAAGUCAAGCCAUACUUUGUUUAUAUUUAUCUUUAAGUCUUGAGAUGAUCAAUGCCUCUUGCUAACAAGAUACCAGGAAGACUUGAUUUAGAUUAUCAUUACAAAUGACUCAAGUUGCUUCAACAAAUGUCCACAAACUAUACAGGCAAUAUCAUUUUUUACAAUUCACAGUAAGGUUGCAAAAUCUUUGGAAAUUUGAAGUUGUUCAAGACUGAAAUGGCACACAGAUUCACUGUGUAAAUGCACCACAAUGCAAAUCUGAAGCACAAGCAUGCCUGUGAAAUGUAGUAUCACACUAUUUUAUACUGGACCUCCAUUCACUGCCUUCUUCACAAAACACAUGCACAGAUGUUUGGCACUCCAUCCUGUUUUGUGUUGUGGUAUUCAAGGGCUAACACCAAGAUAAACCGCAUUACAACCUUAAAUACCAGUACACUUGAAGUGGAUUUGGUAUAAAUCAGUCAUCAGUUUCUCACUCAGUGAAUCCCUCCUCAAAAUGAUAUCUCAUUCAUUACUGGUAACAUAUGCAGUUGCUUAAGAUUCAGGGUUUUUUAGAAACAUUUUUGUAUACGACGGCAAAUGAAAAGCAUUAAUCUACCUUGUUUCUUUGAGAAAAAAAUGUAUGACAUGAUAGAUCAACACACUUGUCAUUUUGGUUGAAAAAGGGUCUGUGAUGUUUUUGCGGUUGGCCUGGUAAUUUUUGGUAAACAGUAUCAAA